GAGUUGGUUGGGAAAGAAGGGCGCGGUCCUGAGAGAUUCCAACGCCCUGGUUCUUCUUAACAUGGUCAUCAUCAUCUUCUUCUUCCUCGCCUUCUUGAUCUAGGCUGAAACUGAGACUUGAACAACCAAGGGAGAGAGAGAGAGAGAGAGUUGAGGUCCGACGAGUUCUGCCAUCACCAGCACUACCACUACUACUACUACCACCUCCACCACCACCACCAUAACCACUACUAUUCCUUGUACUAGUUCAGCCAUCCAAUGCUGCGCCGAAUGUCAACUUGCGCUCAUUUUUUCCCUUUUAAUCUUUCAUGACACGAGUUGGGAAAAUACAUGUUCGAAUUGGGAGCAAGCUUCUUAGUUGAAUCGAGGAUGUGCUUGGACAAGACGAUCCCUCCGACCACGUCCAGAAAACACUUAGAGAAUUCCAUGCUGUUCAAAAUUGACCAGCCACUCAGAAAUAGACCAAGUUGGCGACCAGUAGCAAGCAACACGCAUCUGUGUCCAUUCUCAGUGGUGAUCUCUUAAUAAGAAAAGUGUGAAGUUAAUGGAGUGAAGGUGUCAGUCAAACUUCGGUUCCAUCCUUCCAUUAUCCUGAAUACAACACAUUCACACACACACACACGCAACCAAAAUUGGCUCUGCGUCAAGAAGCAAAAAAGCCACGACAAUAAUAGGAUUCAUACGCACAUCCGCUCAUCAAUUUCCAGGGCCCUGGGUCCUUCAUUGCCGUAUCCUUGUCUUCUUCACACUAUUUUACCACCGCCAUGACGGAGGGCAUCGGAAUACCCGGAACCUUAUCUCGAGCCGGAGUGGUGCCGCCACCGCCGCCCUCGAUGACCUUGGCCGUGGCUAAUUCGGUUCCCAAUCUACCUUUUACGAACCCAUUAUUGGCACAAAUGGGCCAAUUCUUUCUCAGCUUACGUGAACAACAUCGUCAAUUGCUCAAGAAUGACGAACAGCCUUUCGAUUUGUCGGCUCGAAACGGAUCCUCUGCCGAAGAGGAUGACACAGCCCACGAACAUUCGCAAGAGCCCAACGAUGAGCAGCCAUUGGAUCUCAGACUUGAUUCUAAAAAGUCCAGUCCACCGUCUCAAGUGAAGCGCGUGGAGGCCAACAAUAAUAACAAUGAUAAUACGGAUACCAUCGUCAACAAUAACAAUAACAACAGCAAGAAGAAAAAUGAUGACAAGAGUAACAGUAGCAGUAGUAGCAGUAGUUGUAGAAGCAAUCAGCAUAGUCAAUUCUCGUCGUCCGAGGCGAUUUCAAAUGGAAAACCACUGGAUCUCAAUCACAAUAUGCUUCCGCCGCCUCGUCAGGUUGUUCCUUUGUCUCCUGUUUCGUCGACCUUCUCCAAUCCUGGAGGCAAUACCAUGGGAUUAGUGUCUCCUUCGAAAAGGAAAUCAGACACACCCAUGCAGUUCAGCAACGAUAGGAAAAUGGCUCUCCUCUCUAGCCGGGGUCCCUUUCAUCCUCAUCACCAUGCACAUCAUCACGUGCAUCACCAUCCACAUCAUCAGCAUCAUCACCAUCACCACCACCAGCCUCAACAACUACAACCAGCUAGUAGUCGGAUCAGUCUAGUCUCCAGUUCAACCCCUCCGUCACCCUCGUCUUCUACCGGUUCAAAAGUGGUGCCGUUCUCACCGAACAAAACGCCUGCCAUUCAUGUCCAAAAGCCUUCACUAAGAUCCCCCUUCUUGCCCGCUACAACCUCGGGAGGGCCUUUGACCUCGAAACAAAAGGCCGAAAGAUAUGGGUGCAAAUAUUGCGGGAAAACUUUUCCCCGCUCGGCGAACUUGACUCGCCAUCUUCGAACUCACACGGGUGAGCAACCGUACAAGUGCCAAUUUUGCGAGCGAUCCUUUUCCAUUUCUUCUAAUCUUCAACGCCAUGUUAGGAACAUUCACAACAAAGAGAAGCCGUAUCGAUGCCCGUUGUGCGACCGAUGCUUUGGCCAACAGACCAAUUUGGACAGGCAUCUCCGAAAGCAUGAGAACGACGGUCCAACCAUCUUGGAUGGGAUUCGACCUCGACCUCUAACCUCGAAAUCAUUUCUAGUCAAAAUGGCAAAAUUCCCCGAGGUGUCUAGUUACAAAAUGUGCCAAUUCCAAAAGAAUCUCCUUCGACCCGAGACUGUGAGUAAGCAUCACGGAGUGACUUGGGACGAACGAACGUAUGAGCACGAUCAAGUGAACGGUGUUUCGCGGCUCAUUCGCCCGGUGAAAGACGAAGGGUCGGACGGGAUGAAAACCAUCUCGGGCUCAACCUCAUCUUCGGAAGCUCAAAAUAAAUCAAAUAGUUCAAUUGAAGACAGUGAUGAGGACCAAGAUAUCACCGUGGACGAUGAUGAGGAGGACGAGGAGGACGAGGAGGAGGAAGAAGAAGAGGGUGGUGGUGGUGAAGAAGAUGUCGAGGAAGAAGAAGAAGAAGAAGAUGACCAAGACGAGGAAGAGCGAAAUCCUAAGGAAGCACCAAAACCAGACAAAGCCGUCGGAAAGGAAGCCCACGAAGAGGAGAGAGAGGAAAGUGAUCUCGUUGGAACGAAGGAGAGCGGUGUGCGUGGCGAUCAAGUGGCCGCUGAGGAGGAAGAAGAAGUUGUCGGAGAGGAGGGAAAAGCUGCUCAAACCCAUCAUGCAUGAUAGCAUCACCACUGGCCAACUGGCUGUCUGCUUGCUUCCAUCCAACAGGACAAGGUGGACAAGAAAAAAUUAGGUCAAGCCAGAUGGGCGAGGAUGAGAAGGAAGGACUUCACCUCGCCCCGAAAUAUCCAACCCACCAACCCACCAACCACCAACUAAAGUAUAUGUGUGUGUUUGUGUGUGUGUAGAAUAUGAACGCACAGACACAGUCAAUCUCGAUUUGAAUCAUAUGAAUUGUUAAACUUUGAGAACAUGUUAAAAUAUACAGAGGUUUUAUUGAUUGAAAGGUA